AUGGUUCGCUUGAGCCUUGUGUCGGCUCUGCUCUCCCUCGGGGGAGCAGACGCCUUAUCGGACAGGCUUCUUCCUCGCGAAACCGUUAAACUGAUGGUUGAUGCUUUUGGCAUGUCUCCUCUGCCAACCACGCCACCUCUACUCCCCCGUGGGCUUCCAAAGGAGUUAGCAAAAAGAGCGUCGCGGACAGCGAUUGAUUUUCCUGCUCCUGGGUACUAUUGUGGUUUGGUCAACGGUGAUAUUAAUAACCUCUUGACUUGCGCAUAUGCUGGGGCAAAUUGCGUACAGUAUGGCACGGCCGUUGGCUGUUGCGCUAGUUCGAAUCUCCAACAAUGUACCGAUAUCGCGACAGAGUGUCUGAAUUGGGAAGAUGAAUGCGAUUCCUCCUGUUCUAACAACCCUAGGGUCACUCGGUGUGCGGAGACAACUCGACCUUAUUGCGGAACAUAUUUCUUUGGCGAUGGUAAGCGCCUCUUUGGCUGCAGAGCAUCGUUAGGUGUCACCUCGCAGGUUAUCCCAAUGUCAGAAUACUUUUCGUCACGCUAUGGACCAAACUAUCAGACCAUGUUAUCUGGCUUAACAUCUGAUGCCUCACUGUCUAUCUCUAUUGGCACUGCAACCGAAUCGCUAUCAGGGACAUCCUCCAGCUCGAAUUUGAAUCCCACGCAAAGCCUCGACUCGGGAGGAGAGGGUGAGAAUGACAAAGAUGAUGAUGGCAAACACCACAAAAAGAAAAAAUUAUCAGGCGGUGCUAUUGGCGGUAUUAUUGUGGGAUCAAUUGUUGGUGUUGGUGCUAUUGCCGGGUUAAUUAUUCUAUUCUGUGUUCGGAAGAAGAAAGGCAAUGCUGCUCCUCAGGGGCCCCCACCGACCGCUCCAUUGAUGCAUGAACAGCAGGUGCCCCACUACGGCGGACCACCGCCAGUGGUCGGAGCAGGAUACUAUCAACCAGAGCAAAAACCCGCAGGCAUUGGAGAAGCACCACCUUACAGUCCAGGCUACCCUCCUCAUAUGCACCAUCCUGUUCCCCCGCCAGUUCCUGCGGAGAUAGGAGGCUCACCGGUUCAUAACCCGCUCCAGGCGCAAUCGCAGCCACUCCUAGGUCAAUCAGCCGAAUAUUACAAUCAAAAUCGCGGAAGUUAUAUUCAGCCUGUAAGCCCGCAUGCGGGCUCUAUCAAUAGCCCUCCUCCACCUGGCACUUCUCCUCCACCACAGGCAGUAAGCCCGCACCAGCUGAGUGCGACGCACGCUGGACCCGUGCCAGAGAAUAUAUACGAAAUGCCUGGUGCUGCUGGUGCACGAUAG